AUGAAGGUCUUGCUGUUGGCAGCGAUCUCGGCCUUUGGUCUGCUGGGGACUGAUGGGGCUUGGUGGAACUUGGAUAAAAUGAUCAAGAAGACAACUGGAAAGGAAGCUGGUCCUUCUUAUAGUGACUAUGGCUGCAACUGUGGCUUCAGACGAAAAGGAGCCCCCGUGGAUACAAUAGACUGGUGCUGUGCUGAGCAUAACUGUUGCUAUAAUCGUCUGGAGAAUAUUGGAUGCCAGACCAGAUUUUCAAACUACAACAUUCGCUUUUAUUGGAAAACUGUCAACUGUGCAAGUCAAAACUUCUGUCAAGCUCAAGUUUGUGAAUGUGAUAAAAUUAUGGCCUUCUGCUUUGCAAUAAAUAGGAAAUCUUACAAUACGAACUAUCAAUACUAUAACAACAGGAAGUGCCGUGGAGCACCCCCAAAGUGCUGA